GUGGGACGGGAUAAUAUUAUCAGUAAAACUUGAAAAUUAAAAUUAUUUCAUCAUCAUAAUACAUACAUCUACCGGUACAAAAUUUCUUGAAAUAGUUCGCUAAUUCAACUCCCACAGCAUCUCCAAUAUGUUUCGCAAGACGUGAGCAGUUCAAUUUCAAUUUCCAAAAUGUCCAAAAUACUUUCCACAAUGCAGAUUAUAACGUUGAUGAAACGACGACCUCCGGUCACAGUUCUAUUCCGAUCCAUCAGCACCGAAAUAUGGAACAAUCAUCUUGAUCUAGAGACUCGAAAAAAAAUCGAAGGUUACUGGAAGAAACAGUUCUCAAACGACAAUCUAUUCGACAAGAACAAUUUGAACGAUAAAUUCUAUGUUUUAUCCAUGUUUCCUUACCCUUCCGGUAAUCUGCACAUGGGUCACGUUCGAGUAUACACGAUCUCAGAUACCAUUGCAAGAUUCCAUAGAAUGAAUGGUAAAAAUGUGUAUCAACCCAUAGGAUGGGAUGCUUUCGGUUUACCGGCUGAAAACGCAGCUUUCGAACGUGGUAUAGCUCCAGAUGAAUGGACUCGUAAGAACAUAAGUCAAAUGAAAUCUCAUCUUGAUAGUCUUCAUUUAACGUUCGAUUGGGAUUCCGAAUUAUCUACCUGUGAUCCGAGAUAUUACCGUUGGACGCAGUACAUAUUCUUGAAAAUGUACGAAGCUGGGCUAGUGUAUCAGAAAAAGGCUCUGGUCAAUUGGGAUCCUGUUGAUGAAACUGUAUUGGCUGAAGAACAAGUUGACGAAGAAGGGAAAUCCUGGAGAUCAGGAGCUAAAGUUGAGAAAAAAGUUUUAAAGCAGUGGUUCAUCAGAACUACGAAAUUUGCCAAGAACUUACGAGAUGGUUUGAACGAUAAAUCGCUCGUGAAUUGGAAAGAUAUAAUUGACGUACAGAAGAACUGGAUCGGCGAAUGCAACGGUUACUCUUUCGAAUUACCGAUCGAAAACCGAACCGAUGGAGCUUCCUUGAACGUCUGGGUCACCGAACCUAAAUCUAUAUUAUUCGCAGAGUUUAUCGUAGUAAAACCAAACAGCAUGAUUGAUAUUUUAGCUGGAAGUUCUCAAGAGAAAGAUGGUCAACUAGAUUUGAACGUUAUCAAUCCUUUCACUAAAACCAAAAUACCAAUAUUUGUAUCCGACGAAGUCGAGUACCCUUUCGGUAGAGAUGUUUAUGUCGGAGUUCCCAGCAAAAUAGAUUUGGAUAAAGAAUUCGCUCUGAAAAAGGGCUUAAAGUUGUCUGAAUUUUCAUCAGAACGAAUUUAUGACGAUGAUGAAAUUUGUAGAAUAGCUCAACAAAUGCAAAUUGGCGGAUACCCUGUUAGUAGCAAGUUGAAUGAUUGGUUAAUAUCUCGUCAAAGGUAUUGGGGUACUCCGAUACCGAUUGUGCAUUGUUCAACUUGUGGUCCGCAACCUGUACCAUAUGAUCAGCUACCAGUAACGUUACCAUCGCUUCCGAAAGAUCAUCCUGUUGGUAAAGGUCUUCAUAAAAUACUGGAAGAGUCUGAUUGGAAAAAUACCUCGUGCCCGAAAUGCGGCGGAAAAGCUUCUAAAGAAUGUGAUACAAUGGAUACUUUUGUAGACUCGAGUUGGUACUAUUUACGAUAUCCAGAGGUGAAUAAUACGUCAGAACCAUUCAGUGAAAAAACUGCUAGUCAAAUGAUGCCCGUUGAUGUUUAUGUCGGUGGAAAAGAACAUGCUGUUCUGCAUUUAUAUUACGCUCGAUUCGUGAGUCAUUUCUUGCAUUCCAUCGGAUUACUCAAACAUCGAGAGCCAUUUCAAAGACUUCUGUGUCAAGGUAUGGUUAAAGGAUUAACAUACAAAAACUCGGAAGGAAGAUACUUUAAACCUAGUGAAGUAGAAGUAAAGUUGCCUGGUAAAAAAGCUGUUUGUAAAGAUACUAACGAAGAUCUGAUCGUAUCUUGGGAAAAAAUGAGUAAAUCAAAACACAAUGGAGUAGAACCUUCUGACGUUCUGAAUGAGUACGGUGUCGAUACAACUCGUCUGUUUUUAUUAUUCAGCGUAGCUCCAUUUUCUCAUCGCAAUUGGAACGACUCUCUAUUCUCCGAUGUCAUAACAUGGCAACAUAGAUUAUGGUUAACAAUGACAGAAUUUCUUAAAUGUAGAAAUACUCCGCUAGAAUCUGAAAUUCCUGGAUUCAAUAUGGAAGCCGAGGAACAAAAACUGAUCGCGGCACGUAAUAAAUGCGUUCGUCUUACAACGUACAACUACAAAGUAACCCAUCAAUUAGCAGCAGCAAUUACAAACUUACAAUCGUUGACCAAUACUUUGAGGAAUUCUAAACGAGAAGUCCGAAAAUACAGUAAAGAAUACGAAAAGUGUUUGGCCUAUUUUAUCAUCAUGUUGGCCCCAAUGACGCCUCAUUUCGCUGCUACUCUAUGGCAUGGUUUCACUUCAGCCCCUGGGCAUUUAUUAACUGACUGCGAUGAGAUUAAUUGGAAUGAAAAUGUCAUGAAGCAAAAAUGGCCCAAGUUAGAUAAAGAUUACAUCUUACCCUUCAAGAUCACCAUCAAUGGCGAUUCCAAAGUGUAUACUUCUAAACUACAAUAUAACUCAUUGGUUAAUUUGACACCAGAGUUAGCUUUGGAAUACGCUGUGAUGCAUCCUACAGUGAAGAAAUACGUUUAUAAAAAAGACGUUUAUGAAGUUGAACUAGAAAAGGAUGACUGCUUUGGUGCUUCAAUAAAUAUCAAAGUUAAUAAUUCGAGAUUCUACGAAGACGUCGAUAGUUCGGAUAGUGAAAGUGAAAUUGGAACGUCCAAGAGUUGAGAUUUGCGCUGCCAAGUAUUUAAAUUUUUGUACAGUUGUAUCAUUUUUAAGAAAAUGUUUCGUUUUCAA